AUGGCGUCCUCUUUGCUUCGCCCCCUAGCCACCGAGCUGUACUUGUCGCCAUCCACUGCUUCUUCGUCGCGAUUUCUGCGCUCUCGAAUCCAAAAUGUUAAGCCACUGCUAAACUGCCGCCGUCAAUGGCAUGCCUCUGCCGGGGUCACACGACAGACUGCCAUUGUCGCUGCGGCCACCAAGUCUCUGGCGCUGGUUCGCCAUGAGUCUCCGGUCGCACGAGCGCCCGUCCUACUGCCCAAGCUGUAUUCGACGGAAGCCGCUGCUCCUGUGCCACCAACGACUCCCUACAGUCAGCUCACCGUGGGUGUGCCGAGGGAAACCUUUCCGGGAGAGCGUCGAGUCGCAUUGACUCCGGCCAACGUUGCUCUCCUGCUGAAAAAGGGUUAUUCCAAGGUUCUGGUUGAGCGAGGAGCCGGUGCUGAAGCUGAUUUUCUGGAUGAUGCAUAUGAAAAAGCUGGCGCCACUCUUGUCGAUUCCGCGAGUGGCAUCUGGUCUGCUGCCGACAUCGUGCUCAAAGUUCGGGGACCCUCCGACGCCGAAGUUGGAGCCAUCAAAGAGAACCAGACAAUCUAUUCGUUUCUUCAGCCUGGCCAGAACAAGGAUCUCGUCGCAAAGAUUGCUGCUAGGAAGGCGACUUACUUUGCUAUGGAAAUGGUGCCUCGUAUCUCGCGUGCUCAAGUCUUUGAUGCCCUUAGCAGCAUGGCCAACAUUGCCGGCUACAAGGCUGUCUUGGAGGCGUCCAAUGUGUUUGGCAGAUUUCUCACUGGUCAAGUCACGGCUGCUGGCAAGAUCCCGCCGUGCAAAGUCUUGGUCAUUGGAGCCGGUGUAGCUGGUCUUAGCGCAAUUGCAACUGCUCGUCGCAUGGGUGCCAUUGUCCGCGGAUUUGACACUCGCCCUGCCGUUAGAGAACAAAUUGAAUCUCUAGGCGCGGAAUUCAUCGAGGUUGACAUGCAAGAGGAUGGUUCUGGUGCCGGAGGCUAUGCCAAGGAGAUGAGCAAAGAAUUCAUCGAAGCCGAAAUGAGACUCUUCAAGGAACAAGCCAAGGAAGUGGACAUUAUCAUCACUACAGCCCUGAUUCCCGGAAAGCCUGCCCCAAAGCUGAUUAAAAUGGACAUGCUCGAAGUUAUGAAACCCGGAAGCGUUAUUGUAGAUCUCGCUGCUGAGGCUGGUGGCAACUGUGAGGCCACCAAAGCCGGCAAGAUGAUUACAUACAACGACGUCAAAGUUAUUGGAUACACUGAUCUUCCGUCUCGUCUGCCCACCCAGUCGUCUACCCUCUACUCGAACAACAUCACCAAGCUCUUGCUGUCAAUGGCACCCAAGGACAAGGAGUUUGGAAUUGACCUGUCCGACGAGGUUGUCAGAGGCGCCAUUGUCAUGCAAAAAGGAGAGAUUCUUCCGCCUGCCCCCCGUCCAGCUCCUCCUCCAGCACCGGCUAAGCCCGCGGCUGCAGUCGUGGUUGAACCCGUAGAGCUCACCCCCUGGCAGAAAAAGACUCGAGAAGUGGCCACCGUGACUGCUGGAAUGACAGGCGUGUUGGCUCUUGGAAAGUUUACUGGUCCUCUCUUCAUGUCUAAUGCCUUUACUUUUGCCCUGGCUAGUCUAAUCGGUUACCGUGUUGUUUGGGGCGUGGCACCGGCGCUGCACUCUCCAUUGAUGAGCGUAACGAAUGCGAUUUCUGGCAUGGUCGGUGUUGGUGGUCUCUUUAUCCUUGGUGGAGGUUUUUUGCCCGAGACAAUUCCUCAAUCAUUGGGAGCCCUCAGUGUGCUGCUUGCCUUUGUCAAUGUUGGUGGUGGUUUCGUCAUCACCAAGCGAAUGCUAGACAUGUUUAAGCGCAAGACUGAUCCUCCUGAAUACCCCUGGCUUUACGCUGUCCCGGCUGCCUUAUUUGGUGGUGGUUACAUUGCCGCCUUGUCUACCGGAGCCGCUGGUCUCGUCCAGGCUGGAUAUCUCAUCAGUUCCGUUCUCUGCAUUGGAUCUCUCACAGGUUUGGCUUCUCAAACAACCGCUCGAAUGGGUAAUAUGCUCGGUAUUCUUGGUGUAGGCUCCGGUGUGUUGGCUAGUCUGGCUGCCGUGGGAUUCUCCCCGGAGGUCUUAACUCAAUUCACCGGACUUGCUGCUGUUGGAGCCAUUGCGGGAAUGCUGAUUGGACGAAGAAUCACACCUACUGAUCUCCCUCAAACUGUCGCUGCUUUGCACUCCGUUGUCGGUCUGGCUGCCGUGCUAACUAGCAUUGGAAGCGUCAUGGCCGACGUUUCUGAUCUUUCAACCUUGCACAUGGUAUCUGCCUACCUCGGUGUUUUAAUCGGUGGUGUAACAUUCACUGGUUCCAUCGUUGCGUUCCUCAAGCUGGCGGGCCGCAUGGGUUCUCGACCAAAGAUUCUCCCUGGCCGACACAUUAUCAACUCUGGAUUACUGGCAACCAAUGCUGCUACCAUGGGUGCUUUUCUCACCAUGGCUCCUGGUGCUCCCAUGAUUGCCGCUGGAGCGUUGGCAGCCAAUACUGUUCUGAGUUUCAUCAAGGGAUACACGACAACCGCCGCAAUUGGAGGCGCUGACAUGCCCGUUGUCAUCACAGUGUUGAACGCCUACAGUGGUUUCGCCUUGGUAGCAGAAGGAUUUAUGCUGGACAACCCUCUUUUGACCUCUGUGGGAGCCUUGAUAGGUGUCUCUGGUUCCAUUCUAUCGUACAUCAUGUGCGUUGCCAUGAACCGGUCUCUCACCAAUGUCUUGUUUGGAGGCCUAUCAUCGCCAACGACAGCCCUAGAGUACAAGCCAGAAGGCCAAGCAACCGAAACGUCUGUGGAAGACGUUGCGGAACAGCUGGUCAAUGCCGAAUCCGUCAUCAUCAUUGUAGGAUACGGAAUGGCUGUUGCGAAGGCACAGUAUGCGCUCUCAAGCAUUGUCCAAUCGCUUCGGUCCAGGGGCAUCACUGUGCGCUUCGCCAUCCACCCCGUUGCUGGCCGCAUGCCUGGGCAGUGCAACGUGCUUCUUGCGGAAGCGAGUGUCCCGUAUGACAUUGUCCUGGAAAUGGAUGAGAUCAACGACGACUUUCCGGAGACCGACUUGGCCCUUGUGAUUGGUGCCAAUGAUACGGUCAAUCCGAUUGCCAUGGAAAAGGGCAGCUCCAUUGAGGGAAUGCCUGUUUUGCACGCCUGGAAGGCUAAGCAGGUUGUGGUGAUGAAGAGGAGCUUGGCGAGCGGUUACGCUGAUGUGCCGAACCCAAUGUUCUAUAUGCCCAACACCAAGAUGUUGUUUGGCGACGCCAAGGUUUCCUGCGAUGCUAUUAAAUCCGCCGUGGAAGAGAAGCUGUAG